CCUCUCUCCCCCUGAAGUGUUCCCCACCCUAUACAAACUUCACCUAAAGAGCUUAUUUCCUCGCAGCUUUAGGUUCGGUUCAGAAGCAGUAAAGCAGCGCAGACUGUCCCAGCCAAUUUCUCUACUCGGAGCAAACAAAUCUUUGCGAAUGAGACAACAAUGCCGCCGAAGAAACAUAAAGGUUCGGGGAAAGAUGGGAAAGACAGGAGAGACAGAGAUUCGAAUCGUCCGCGGAAUCGUCAGAGCAACCAGUCCAGCAAUGUAGCCAGCGGCAUGCAAAACCUGCAGAUCAGUGCUCAAAACAGGGGUGCCUCGACGCCGAGCAGGAUGCCCCCAGGCAUGUUGAGCCCUGGGUCUUCUGCGCCGUCGAGCAGCGCGUGGGGCCCCGAGGCGAGCGACGCCUCCAGCAGGUCCAGCGUGGCGAGUCCAAGGACGCCUUCGUCGGUCACCAGCAACAGCUCAUCACAAUCAGCAGCCAGAAGCAGCGCCCGGUCGGUGCAGAGUCCGGAGUCCACCUCCAGCGCCGUCUCGUCCAACGCCGAAAGAUCAGAUAAGAAUGAGCCGAAUUUGUAUGAAGACUUCGCCAGGCGAAUUCGAGACACGCAGGCUGCAGGACUUGGAACUCAGAAGGAGAAUCCUCCUGACGACGGCUUCGUGACGAUAAAACCCAAGAAAGAGCAAAAACAAGCCAAGCCUGCUGUAGAACCGGAAAUACCUUGUGAAGCUCUCACUAACCACUUCAAAGUUGAAACCACCCUUCAUAAAAUGGCUGAUAUGGAGAUAAUUCAGUAUGAUGUUGAUAUGAAAAUGAAAGUAUUAAACAAAAAAAAUGAAGAGAAGUGGGUGAACGUCCCAAGAAUGUUUAAGAAAGAUGUCAUGCGAACAUUUUGUGAGUCACAUUGGCCAAAACGAUAUCCUGCGUACGACGGCAACAAAAUAUUGUACGGCAACCAGCGCCUGUUGUUUAAGGAAUCAUUGUUUUCUGAAACACUUCGUGUUGAAGGACUAGAACAUGUGAGCUCUUUAUUUAAAGUCAUGGUGAAGGUGACCGAAAAUCAGGAGCUGUUGAAGACUGAAAAAAUAUUGAAAUACAUCAAACUUGACGAGGGUGUCGUUGCUAGAUCUCCCCGAACGGUUAUGCAGGCACUCGACGUGAUUCUUCGCCAGCCUGGAAUGGAUUGUUUCGGUAGGACGGCUGGCCGAUGCUUCUUUAACGCUGAGGCAGAUGAAAUUCCUUUUCGGAAUAAUAUAUUUCAAAUCAUUGAUAUUUGCACAGGCUGGUUCCAGGCUGGUUCUCUAGGAGAACCUAAGAUAAAUUUUGAGUUUCCUCUAUACCUCAAUGUUGAUGUGUCUCUAAAGGCCUUUCCAAAAGCAGAUCUACCUGUGACUAAGACCAUGAAAGAAUUAUCACCUAAGCCUGACCUUUUGAGAAACUUUUUCAGAGGUCUCCAGGUCAUUUACAAAUCACCCAUUGCCGAAAAUGAGAUAUAUACCCAAAUCACCGCACUUGCCGAAACACCAGACAAGCAAGAGUUCAUAUAUGAAAAUAAGGAAAUUUCUGUGCUAAACUAUUUCAAGCGUAACAAAAUUUCGAUCAAUGUCGAUAAUAAGUGCCUGAAAUCUGGGAGCAGAUACUAUCCCAUGGAGUAUUGCACUUUGGCGCCAGCUAAAUACCAACUGCCCCUGAGGAACGUUGAUAAAACAGUAACAGAUGUCAUGGUCCGGAUAUCUAAACAGAUGACACCAAAAAUGCGCAAAGGAACAGUUGAAUCUUUUUUCAAACUUUUGGAAAGGAAAUCAAAUAGUGAUGAUCGCCUGAAACAGGAGUUUGGCUUGAAAGUCGAUAAGAACAUGACCAAAGUGAAUGGAACGCUCCUAAAAGAACCCACUUUGUGUUACGGCAAGGAAGCUUCUUUAAAACCUCAAAAUGGUGGAGUGUGGUUUAUUUCCCCUAAUAGCCAAUACUUCAAAUUCAUGUCACCCAUCAAAAAAAUCACUCUGAGGAUUAUCGCCAUCAAUCUGACCAAAACUAAAAAAUUAGAUCUGAAUUUAGUGAAAGAGAAGCUGUCUGAUUUAGGCAAAAAGCUUGGCAUCGACAAUUUGUGUAUACAAAGUGGGACUAACUAUGAAUAUAAAAAUAUACCAGCUCUGGAACAAUGGUUAGGAAAUGCGGCUGGUAGUACUGAUAAGCGCGAUUUGGAUUUAGUAAUCAUACCUGACAAUAAUUCAAUCUAUAAGCUUGUGAAGCAGACAUUUGAGAAAAAAUGUCUCUUGACUCAGUGCAUGAAGGAAGGUAACGCUGUUCCUAAAAAACAAUAUACGGCAGAAGAAGAUAGGAAAGAAACAUUUAGAAUAAAAACCAUUUACGAAAAUAUUCUCAUGAAGAUCAAUGCGAAACUGGGUGGACAAAAUUAUUCUCUAAAGUACAACGUUUCCAAAGAGGACACCAUGAUCAUGGGGGCUGACGUCACUCACCCACCUCCAGGAUCGCAGCAAGAACCUUCAGUCGCAGCUGUGACAGCAAGCUUCGACCAGAACAUGACCAAAUAUAGCAUGCAGUGGCGUGUGCAGCAGCCCAAGCAGGAGAUCAUUUCGAAUUUGAAGGAAAUCACGGAGAUUCUGGUCAAAAAAUAUCAAGCUAAUGCUAAAAAGCUGCCGAAGCACAUCAUCUUCUACAGGGACGGCGUCAGCGACUCCCAGUUCGCCGAUGUUCUGAGGAAAGAACUGAGUGCCAUAAAAGAUGGAUGCAUGAAAGCUGGUGUAAAUGAGCCACUCAUCACGUUCAUUGUUGUGCAGAAGAGACACCACACCAGGUUUUUUGUGGAAACUAAAUACACAGUUAGAGGAGGAGUAGAAACAGAAGUAAAUAAUGUGAAACCUGGCUUCGUCGUCGACUCCACGAUCACCCACCCUUGGCAGAGGGACUUCUUUCUCGUCAGCCACGCACCCGUGGGCAAAACGGUAGUACGGCCGACAAGGUACAGAAUCCUCCAUGAUGAUUGUAAUAUGACGGACAAAGAAAUUGAGAAGUUGACCUACUACUUGUGCCACCUCUGCAUCAGGUGCACACGUAGCAUCUCGUACCCUGCGCCGACCUACUACGCUCACCUCGCCGCGGCCAGAGCCAAACACUACUGCAAGGGCUCCAACUCCCCCGUUAAGAGAAACCUCUCUGAAAAGGACCUUGAGAGAGAAUUGGAAAGAAAGAUCUAUGAAUUCAAUGCAAGCAGGAACAGCUACGUGGAUAUAUCAACUAGAUACCCUAUGUACUUUGUCUAAAGGUCGCACACUUCUUUUGUUGCAUGGGGUUUAACUUUUGUUAUUAAAUUUGCUGAAACGGGCAGAUUCGUUCAUUUCUUUAUUUUUCUUUUGAUUUUGAGAAGCUUUUUUGGGAAUGUACGAGUUUCGACACAUAAAAUUAGAUUCCAAAAUCUGAAUCCUAAGGCAUUCAAACUAUUUUUUUUAAUUUGAGUUUUUGAGAUCAAUGGGAACAAGCUGUUACUCAUUAUAUGAAAUAAACUGGU